CAAACCCUUCAGUCAGUCAUGGAAUUUCUAUCAGUGUGUGUCUAUGUGCUUGGCCUGGUUGUUGUAGUAGUAUCAGGCCAAGAAAAUGAUGAUGUUCCUAGGAUUCCAAAAUGCUGCCCAUUGGGGCAGUCAAUCAUACCUCAACUUGGUUGUGUUGAAAAAAACUUGACUUUUGUUCCUGAAUUUAAGGAUACAGAACCUAAAAUAGUCGAUUUAGUGAUUGGGGACAGGUGUAAAUAUGGAAAGUAUCGAUUGGAACCAAGUAAGGAUAGUAUGGAUGAGUUUUAUCUCCUUCCAACUGGUUACCUUAAACUUCCAUUUCAUGAAGAAAGUGAACUUUCACCUGAUGAGUAUUGCCUGGAAAGUUUCGAAGAGCCUGAUGGUACAACUAAAGUUCUUCCACUUCUUUGCUUCCCUCCACCACCACCAGACCGUUAUUGGAAUGACUUUGGAAUAAAGCUAUUCCGCAUUGGUUGCCUGAUAUCUAUUCCAUUCUUGAUUAUUACUAUGGCUAUAUAUUUACUCAUAGAAGAAUUGCGAACUAUUCAUGGAAAGAUAUUGAUAUGUUAUUCAUCCUGCCUUGCGAUUGCCUAUGCAAGUCUCUCUUAUGUACAGUUUGAAGGUGACACGUUGGCUCAGAAUGCCUGCAUAAGCAUUGCAUUCUUGAUACAAUUCUUCUUUGUUUCCAGUUUCUUUUGGUUGAAUGUUAUGUGUUUUCACACAUGGCGAGCAAUGACAAGAAGUGAAGUUUUUGCCAAGAAAAGUACAUCAUGCAAACGCACCUUCUUCUGGUACUCAGUCUAUGGCUGGGGUUGCCCUUUUGUCAUCUUGGCAAUCUCAUUAAUAAUGGACCUGACCCCUACGAUUCCUACCUCUUAUAUAAUUAAGCCAAAUGUUGGCCUAGAGACUUGCUGGUUCAAAGAUGAUACUGCAAAACUUUCUUAUUUCUAUGGACCCAUUUCAGUACUUCUAGUGGCCAAUGUUGUGUUUUUUCUUCUCACUAUUUGGUACAUGCACGUGAAUUAUAAGAAGGGACCAUUGAAUAAUAUGAGAGAUGUGGCUAUACAAAUAAUGAUCAACAAAAGAAAACAAAUCUUUAUAGAGUCUGUCCUUCUUUUUUGUGCAAUGGGACUGAAUUGGGUUCUUGAAGUUAUAUCAUGGCUAGUGACAAGCUCCCAAUAUCAAGAUACUGUGCCUCAAUUAUGGAUUUUCAUUGAUACUUUUAACACUCUUCAUGGAAUCAUCGUUUUCCUGGUCUUUGUUGUUCGAGAUUCAAAAGUGAGAAAAUUAGCUCUAGAAAAAUUCUGCUUCAGAUCACAAUAUCGUUCAGUAGAACGCCAUGAUCCACAAAACUCGAAUUUUGUAUAAUUGUCAUCUAAGAUGAAUAUAAAUAUAGAAAAAGUUGUAUUAACUUGCCAUGCACAGCUGAUAGCAAUGCUAUGGCACAAUUAACAACAUUUCAUGAUCAUAAAUAGUCCUUUUACUUUUUAUGAUAAUUCUUAGUUCAUAUGAUUCUUAGAAGUUAUUAAAUUGAAACCAGGAUGACAAUGUUAAUUACCAAUAUACUGGUAAUUAUAUUAAAUUAUAUAGUCAGCUUUUCCCCAUAGCAAACAUAGUUUUGAAAAUUGAACUCGAUUCAGUAUCUUCCAAUGGUGCACAGAAUUUUUUUAAAGAUCAUUCUCUCCGUAAUGUGAACAUUGCAUCUGUGAAAGGAAUUAAAGUUCAAAUUUGUACAUAUAUUCUUUUUAUUGGACUGAUUAGAUAUAGAGCAGAGGAAUUUCAAUUAAUGGAAUGAAUCAAAGAUUUGGAUUUUUGUAAUUUGGAUUUUUAAUAAAAAAAUAUUUUGUAUUAGAAUAGAUCCUUUGUAUAUUUGUCAAUUAGAAUUGUUAAAGGGAAAAGUUGAUUAAUUAUCUGUGAUGAAUUAUUAAAUAGAGAUUUUUAAGCCUAAUAAAUAUUAAAGAAUUUUUUUUCUAAAUAAAAAAGAAAAUUCUUAAAAUUCAUCUGUAUUUUAGUAUUCAUAGUAUUAAAUAUAUUUUCACCUUGAAAUUUGUUGCUAAAUUUAUCUAUUUUAUUUAUUAUUAUUUUUAAUUAUAUGUUCAAAAGUCACUGUUACCUUACAGUAGAAUUGUGGAUGUGAGACUGUUUCACAAUUAUCUUGCAUUGAGGAACAAUAUAGAAUAGCAAAGGAUUUCUUAAGUUAUUGGUAUACCAAAACCAAAAUCUUUUGUUUGGAUUAAGUAUAGCUUUGAAAUAUACUGAGAAUCGAAAUAAGUGGUUACCUUUUUUUUUUAUUUCUUUAAGUUUUCUCAUCAAUUAUAACAGUUAUAUCUUCGUGAUCUAUUGAAAUGACAAUAAUAACAUAUGAAAACAAUUAGAAUCAGAAAAAAAAAAGGUAGCCUUUAAAAAUAAAAUGUAUGGUUUGCGCUUUUCAUAGAAAAUUUUCUAGAUCCACUCUUAAAUUUUACAAUAUUCCUGGGAAGUUGGUAAUCCCUAAAUUUGUUUUAACAGCUCAACCUUAGCUGUUCAAUAAAGUUAAGAUGUGAACUUCAUGAAAACCAAUUUAAACAUAAAGUUUUUGUUAUUUAUCAAGAAAGCGUGUGCAAGAUUUUAUUGAUGACUACUUUUUCUGUUUCUCAGUAUAUAUCUCAUGAAAUAUUAAUUUCUAUAAAUGCUAUAACCAAUAAUUGUAGCCUUAUAAAAUGCAAGGUUUGUUCUAGUUCCUACUGAUCUGAAAUUGGUUUUUAAGAAGAAGUGUUUUGUAAUUUAAAUAAUUUAAGGAAUAUAGGUUGUUUUGUACAUAUUUUAAUAUUUAUUUAUCAUUAUUAGUGUUUAUUUAUUAUUUAUGUUUUCAAUAAUUUUAUAAUGAAUAACUUUAAGAAAACUGUACCUUUAUAUCAUAUGUAUAUAUUUAUAUAAAAAUACUUUAAAAUGAUCUCAUAUAUUUACAUAUGAUCAAUUCCUACCUCAAUAUAAUCUAAAAUGAUACAAUUUUGACUGGUAACACUAGAUGGAAUAUAUAUCUAGGAUUAUAGAGUCAAUGGAAUUAAAUUGC